UGUUUGGAAACUGCAGUUUUUAAAGGAUGGGAGAACGUAAAGUCUUAAAUAAAUAUUAUCCUCCGGAUUUCGACCCAGAGAAUCUCCCAAGGGCUAAGAGACCCAAGGAUAGGUUAGAAGCAGUCCGCUUCAUGUUGCCAAUGACCGUAAGGUGCAAGACUUGUGGAGAAUACAUGUACGCAGGGAAAAAGUUCAACGCCAAAAAGGAAACUGUAAAAAACGAAGAGUACCUUGGAAUCAAAAUAUAUCGUUUCUAUGUAAAAUGUGCGAGUUGUUCUUCUCCCUUUACUAUCAAAACGGAUCCAAAAAAUGCCGACUACGUUUGUGAACAUGGAGUUUCUAGAAAUUACGAAAUCUGGAAGCAAGAGGAAGAGGCAGAAAGAGAAGCAGAGUCUUUACGACGAGAGCAAGAAGAAGAUGCCAUGCAAGCGCUGGAAAACAAAACAAUGGACAUGAAGGAAGAAAUGGAACUUUUAGACACCUUGGAUGAGCUGAAGUCGUUGAAAGCACGGCAAGCAAAGCUAGACCCCGACUAUCUUUUAUUUAGACAGAAAAGAAUAGCUGAGAGGAACGGCGUGGCAGACAGUGCAAACGAUGAAGAGGAUAUGCUGGCAGAGUGGUUUCAUCCAAGGAAGAGACAGAUGGUUGUUAUUCGUGCCGAAGAGAAGGAAACGAGCGAUACUGUGUUGGCUGAGCCUACUCGCCUAGAUAUUCAAAAGAGAGAGCGUUCAGCACCACGGAGUUAUUUUGCGAAUGGCAAGUUUCGUUUGAGUGCGGUAAGAAAGGAGCCGAGAGCGGACUCUUGCCAAGAUUCGAAGGAAUCGAGUGAGAGUAGUGUUGUUGGUAAAAAUUUUAACGUCAGGAAAGCAUCUGUUCUGAGUUCAAUAGCGGCUUACAAGAGUGACUCUGAUACCGAUGAGAAUAAACCCUCGUGAAACACACAAGCGAAGAAGCUAUGACCUUAUUAUUGAAUUUUUUUCACUUCACUUAGAAAGUAAAAUUCUCGUGAAAGGCAUAGUUUAUUGUACAUCUUUAGGAUCGACUCGUACGGUCUUAUACUAUCAAGGAACGUUAGAAUGUAUGAUUCGAAAGUUUUUGUAGAUCCUGCGUGUUGAAGAACAAACUUGCUCAAGCUAAAUAUCUAACCUUUAUAAUAUGAAUCACCUUGGUAGGCUUUUUGGAAGAUAAUCAAACGUUCAACUAAUUAUUCCUUAUUGAAUAAAUAUUCUCGGCCCAGUGAAAGUGUGGAAGUAACGUGUCACUAAAAGCUGUCUGUUAUUGCUUAAACGUCCGACAAAGAUAUCAGAACGCACUUUCCGAUAAAGAUUUAUUACAGGUCCUAUAGCAAGUGUCUAACAGUUGGAAAACUUAAUAUCACUCUAAUUUGUUCUCAAGAAGAAAAUACAGCUUGACUGACUGGCCGUCAAGAGGAACAUGAACCAGCCAUAUGUUUUUUAUUUCAUCUAAAACUUAUAACUUGUGCCAAACAGAACAAGAUGACUGUGUCAAAGUGUU